AUGCACGUUGGUGUCACGGGCAUGCUGGCCGUCUACAGGCUCAUGCGCCACGCCAGCAACGGCAAGGCCUGGGACCCCGCUGCAGCAAAGGCCCGAUGGGACGCAUGGCAAGCCGCAUACCCGGACGCCAGGCCAGAGGACAGCCUGGAGUUCUUUGGUGUUGACCUGGAGAGCAGCAGCCGCUACCUCAGCCACGAGGACGCCCCGCCUGCCACGCACUACAUGGGCUACCAUAUGGAGGACUGGUCCAGGAACCACUCCAUGCUGGCCACCAUCUUCGCGGUGUGGAAGAAGCCCUGGGAACAGCUGGGGCCUAAGCGCAACGUCGAGGUCUACUCGACCCCGUUCGAGUCCCAGGAGAUGGCCGAGCUUCAGAUAGCCGCCAGCCACGGCGAGACGAGCGAGAAGGAGGACAACCGCCUCCGGAUGCUGCAGGCCAUGGCAGAUAUGGGCUUUGGCGACCUGGAUAACGAUGAUACCGACUCGGAUUUCCGCCGCAUUGUCAACGACAUUGUGAGCAGGCGCAACGACCCGGCCGCCAACAGGAAACUCGACUUCCAGCAGGGGAUGGAGGAGCUGACCAGGGACCUCGCAAAGGUCAACGGUUACAUGAACCUGGCCUACAGCAGCAAUGCCACGAACAAUAUGAACAGGCCCGACCUGUUUAAGCGCAGUAUCGUCGAGGCGGUUGUGGGCUCGCAGCACGGCACCCCGACCAACCCCAUUGACAACAACACCUUCAAGCCCAACAGCGCCAUCAUCGAGUUUACACGCAAAACCUCAAAGGCGUACCUCUCCAACUCGGCCAAUACCGUCGACGCCCUCCGCGACGUUUAUAUGGCACGCAACCCCAGGCUGUCGCCCGAAGACGCCCUCAGGCAGGCAGAGGCCAGCAUCGCCGCCACACAUGCCCUGUCGUCAUUCACCAGCGGCGAGAUCCCAGUCGACCCACCAUGGCCAGCCACGCUCCGGUCACUCGGCCUCGACCCCAAGAUGGAUGAGCUCGUCUUCAACGCCGAAAACACCCUUGUCACCAUGGCCGACGCAGUGGGCAAGGGCGCCAAGGGCGCUAAUGCGAGCACCAACGAGGAGAUCCUCCAGAAGGCCGCAGUUAUCCUGCCGCACCAGGCCAAGAAAGACCACUUCUCAAGCUUAUCCCACCCUAGGUACAUCUUAACCCAGAUUAGCUCAUUCCUUAACGCCAAUACCAUGGGACUCAGCAAGAGUCUGAUUGCCGAGCUUAUCAUCUACAUAUUAUCAUUGCUGGCAAAUGACCCGUCCUCAGGUACGAAGGGCCCAUUCGACCCCCACGUCUUUAUCUACCAGACGAAGCUGCUCGGGCAGUACACCUCGGACUGCCUGCGCUUCUUCUCUGGCCUCCGCGAAUACUACAUUGUUAGCUCCACGAAGAUGGAUCCCCCCCCCCGGCCCGGUGUCAAGACCAUCCAUGGCAUGGCAGCCUGGGAGAAGUUACAGAAGAUAAUAUACGACAGGCGAAACGACCCAAGCAUCACCAAGAUUACCAUCGCCAUGACCAUCCAUCUCAUCGAGAAGCGCUGUCUCUCAAGCGAGACAUUCGUGACAGGCCAGGAUAGCUUCGAGGAGCUAAUCGGUCACACGAACCGCCGUAUUGUCGCCACGCCUCGCAAGCGCAACUGGGCCACAGAUGCCAAGGGAUGGUUCAAGAACGCGUUUGACGGCGAUGGUGCUGACGAGGCUGCCGCCGAGGGCGCACUCGACGGUACGACGGAUGACGCGACCGCCAGCGGGACCGCAGAUGCUAGCGAGGCCAGCGACGAGGAGAGCGAAGAUGAGCCGGCUGAGGUGGAGGCACCUGCCAGCCGAGACUUCAACACGGCCUGCCGGAGGAUCUGGGAGGAACACAAGCCGCCGGCUGGUAGCUCGGCAACGCCAGCCGAGGCCACGGGCGAGUUCGUGGUCAGCAAGAUCGACCCGGAGGGGGGCGACCUCCGGGAGGGGUUCAACGAGACCCUUAGCGGCGUGCGUCUGGUCCAGGCCUUUAUGCGCCACCACAAGAUCAGGACGGGACAGCAGGCGCUCGAGUGGGCCAAGAAACACCCAGGGGGGAUCCCCGUGUCGGGGCGCACGAGCUACAUGCUCGGCCCCAAGUUCUUCAGCGAGGAGAUCCUCAAGCGCGGCGAGCACCCCAUCUACUGGCACGUGACGCUUGACGAGGCGCACAGCCUCCGAAACUAUGGGUCCAUACAACACAUGACGGCCUCCCUGCUCCCCAAGAACACCAUGUUGCUCCUGACGGGCACACCCAUCUUCAACAGCAUGAGCGACUUUAGGGCAUACAUGUUCCUCUACGCCGCCCACAGCGGCAUCGACGUCUACCUCAAGCUGCUCGAGACGGAUGUCCACCGCCUGGACCGCGCGUUCGAGUCAUCAGAGGACCUCAUCCGCCUGGGCCUGGUCGAGCUCAAGGACGAUGCCGGCAGGGGGUGGGUCGACGCGCUGUUUGCGUGGGCCGACAAGGACCUGGCCAGACGCCAGUGGUGGUGCCUCCUGGCCGACUUUCGCAUCCUGGCCAAGAGCCCUGACCCCACGACGAGGCUCGUCGCAUGCAGGAUGUUCCAGAGGUCCUUCAUGUCGCGCCGCACCAUUUCGACGCCGCUCGUGGACCACAUGGGUCGCACCGUGUACCCAACCACCAGGCUCCCGCCGUGCCACGUGAGGACGGUCUAUGUCCAGCACUCGAAGGACCGCUUCCAACGCCUUGUCCUCCUCACGGACCUGAUGAACAGCGAGAUCAAGGCCGCCAACGAGGAGCGCGCAAUGGGUGGCGGGGCCUGGAUGAGGAGGCGCCGCGCGGCCGCGGGCAGCAUGGGCGCCCGCCCGGGCCAGCGCCCGGUCCUCGGCGACAACCUGCUCGAGUCGCAGGUGCGUCACGUGCUCAACCUCGCCUAGGAGGGUGACGCGCCAAAGGCAUCCGCCCUUGGGUUCCACCGGGUCAUGAUCGCCGUUGCCAGCGACAACCACCUGUUCCGCAUGUACUUUGACCCCGAGGUCAACAGGAAGGACCCCUUGAAGAAGCUGUCCGCCGCCGAGAUCAGCAGUGUCAACCAGGUGCUGGACCCGCGCGGGGUUAAUUUAAUCUUUUUUAGAUCUUAAAAAAAAU